AUGCUUUCGACGGCGCCGCUGCCGCUCGGCUACGGCGCGUAUACGUUCGUGCUGGGCGUUGACUCGUGCUUCCUGCUUGGCGCGUGGCUCUGGGCUGCUUCGAUCCACCCGCUGCCCAAGACGUACCUCUCCGAAAUCAUCUUCCCCGUCGAGCUCUGCGCCCGCGCCUUGGCCUCCACCAUGCUGGCAACGCUCUCGUUCCUCGGCUUCUGGGUCUUCAUGUGGCUCCCCGACGAGCCGUGGGCGCUGCGCGCGGCCUUUCUCGCCGAGUCGAUGACCUGGGCCAUGUCAACGUGGCUCAUUUGGAUGGAGCACCGCCGGAGCUUGACGACUUCGACGCUCCUGCGCUUCUUCUGGGUGUUUCGCUGGGCGCUCAUGACCAAGUCCCUCUACUCGGCGAUCACGUCGAUGACCUCGUGGUGGGACGAGGUCGCCCACGCCAAGCUCGCGCUGCACUGCGUGGUGUACGGCAGCUUUACGUGCCUUGCCAAGUGCUCGCGCUGUCUCGCCAACGCAUGA